CAUAAAACUCCUCUUUCUCUUUCCUCGCUCUUUUUUUUUUUUUUUAACAUUCAAGACUUUUUAUUUGACCGGCUGUAGCCUUUCGAGAUAAUAAAACUAAAGCAAGGGGAGUCAAAAAAAAUAAUAAAUAAAUAAAAGUAAAGCCCAACAACAUUGUGAAAAGUGUGCAGUCAGAAGCUGCUCUGAUUUGCUCUAAACACAAGAUCAUGGCACCUGUAUUUAUUGGGGAAGAAUAGCACCCUGCUCUGCACAUCAGCACACACUGAAACAACAGCACAACUCAGCAUGUCUGGACACAGCACUAAACAAAACAGGUGCAAAGCCUGACACAAACCAGAGAGAAGUUUCCAGCUUGAGAUUUGAAAAUUGACCGCCCAUCCUCAUCAUUCCCACGCGUGUUUGAAAAUGAAGCUCUGACGCUCUGCCUGCCCAUGGCUGCUCUGUAACCUGCCUGCACCAUGGCUGAGGAGGAAGAAGACGACUUGAACUGUCCUGCCUGCCAGCGUCUCUACCACGUCCCACUGCUCCUGCCCUGCUCACAUAGCCUGUGCCGGAGCUGCGUGCUCCGAAUGACUGCGGACUCACAGAAACCCCCCAGGCGCCGGGCGCUGUCCCCCCUGUCCUGCACCCUGGACUGUCCCAGGUGUCUCUUCAGCGUGGAGCUCCCCAGUCCAGACUUGGGAAGCGCCCCUGAGUACCUGCCUGUAAACCCUGCUCUGCAGGACGCACUGGACAGGCAUGUCAGGCAGGCGGAGUGCAGGGACCACGGCGCCAACUGGAGGCUGUUCUUCUGCGAGAGGACUCAGAGGCUGGUGUGCAGGACCUGCAGGCCGAGGCUGCUGGAGGAAGACUGUGUGGUGACACUGGAGGACGCUUGGGAAAGCAGAGAGGAGGGAGUAUUGCGAGGCCUGCAGGGUAUCCAGGAUGAGAUGACAACACUGAAACAGGAGCUCCGAGAGCUGGAGGGGAUGACACUUGAGGAGACUCCUGCCGCUGGUGUAUCUGAUGCAGAGCAGAGGGUUCAGCUUGCCAGAGAACGGCUCCAGAGCCUUGCAGAGUACAGCUCCCGUCUGACCACAGCGCUGGAGGAGCAGAACCUGGCCAGGCUCCUGCUGGCUGCAACUCAAGAGCCACUGGAAUUCUCUGCAUCUCAGCAGCAGGCUGAUAGUCCAAGAGAUCCAGUGCAGGGCAGUGUGGAGCUUUCUGAGGAGGACAUGGAACGAUUCCGGCAAGGGGUAUCUUUCAAAUUGGACCCCCAUUCGGCACACCCCUCUCUGAGAGUCUCCCCUACCGGUCUGACAGUGCACUACCUCAAGCAGGGCUCCCUGGAGCUAGGCUGCAGUUCCCAUGGAGACCAGACGGGGGCAGAUGCCGCUUGCUCCUCACUCGCGCCGUGCGUCCUCGCGGAUAUCAACGUGGACUGGGGCCUCUGCUACUGGGAAGUGGACGUGUGUAACAGCAGGUUCUACAGGAUAGGGGUGUCGGUGUGGGACGGCUCUCGCUCAUGGUGGCUGUGUCGGGAGGGCUCCUCGUUUUCGGCUCUCUACGAUGGUGCUGUGGAGGUGGUAGAGUCCAUUCCCCCGCAGGUGAAGACCUUGGGGGUGUGUCUGAACCACACAGGGGGGACACUGAGCUUCCACAAUGCCCUGGCACAGGAACACAUCGUCACCCUGCCCACAAGCUUUGGGGGAGUGGUCCGGCCAGCCCUCUCCCUCUCCCAGGGCAAGCUGACUGUGCGCUGUGGGCUGCCAGUGCCCCCCCACGUCUUUGCCAGCCGCCGCUCUGCGUACAGGGGUGCCAGGGGGGCAGGGGAGCGCUGGACCCAGGACGUCCCCUUCCAGCCCGUGCUCUCCUUCAUCCAGAAGUUUGAAGAACUCUCUGCUACCGACUCCGACUCUGGCCUUGUUUCCACCUUCGGAUCCUCCUCCACUCUCAACUCCUGGUCCUCCAGCGUCGAACCCUCUGUGCCCGGUAACGCCCGGGGGGGAGUCAGAGCUGCAGAGCACUGACUGAGAAGAAGCCUCUUAUCCAUCCACAGAGCAGGAGCACUCAUGGGAGAUGCUGUAUGCCUCAACUCCGGGGACAUUCAGUGCUUGCACAGUUUCAAUCUGUCCUCUCUAAGCGACUGUCUGCAAUGGUGCCGGGUGUGUUGACUGCAAUGGAAGAAUCUCGGUGGAUGUUUUCUGUUAAAUUCUUCCCCCACUUGUAUAUUCAGCCCCCCAAGUGUAACUGUAGCAUUUAGCCACCUGUGGAGCUCUAAGAAGAGACAUUAGCAAUGACGUGAUUUUCCCACUGGCAAUUUCCAAGCACACACCCACUUGAAGUCAAUAACCCUACGCUCCAACUUUCUGGCAAAACCUUUUGGAGAAUUGGAGCAAUUAGUGGGAGAACGGUCAGAGUUCUGGGCCUAGUUUGACACAGGAGAUUUGCAGCAGUUUGAUUUAUUCAAAUGUCUACACGUAAUUCAAAAAAUGAUGUGUAUCAUGGAACACAAGCUCUCAAUUGUAAUGGCUUAGUUGUACGUCAAUCCAGACCAAAAAUGAAAGUGCACAACUAUGAGAGUUUGAAUGGCUUAGUGUUGAUGUAAUGUUGUGGGAUCAGCACUAGAGGGCUCCCAAGGGUAUGUCAGUGAGCUCAUGCGGCAGUGUUAUGAGACGACAGUGCUAUACUGCCAUUGGUACAUAACUACAUUGCGCUUUAGUGUUUUUAAGGAAAUGCAUUUACUUUGUAUACAUUUUCAAAUAAAAUAGCUGCAGAGUUCAUUCUAACCCCUUCUUAUUUCCUUAACUGUCUUGCUAGGCAUUGUAUGUCGUUAGCUCUUGUGAAGCCUGGGAAGCUGCAGUUCCCAUUGCAGGUGAAUGGCACCAUGCAUGGGGUGUGUUCGGUGAGCUGCUUCACGAGGCUCCUUUCAUACACAUUCAAUUCAAAGCAACUCAUUCUUUACACUCACCUGCCAUAUGCUAUUUACAUUCUACUAGUCUGAACCAUUUUUAAACAUUCCAACUUCAAAUAAAUUCCCAGCCCCUUAUCUCUGUGUUGCAUCUCAGUGGAUCCAUCAUCCAGUAUAAGUCUGAUCUAAAUAAACACAUGUUUAAAGAUCCAGGCAUAGAUCGACGGUCUGUGGCUGCAGCGUUGUGAAACAUUGUAGUCAGAUUAGCACUCUCUCCCUCUUGUUGUCAGUACCCUGUCUCCCCGCACACACACUCACUUUUGCAUUCCUAUAUUUGUGAGGACUUCUCAUUGAUUCUCACUAUUUUUAUUUACUAUUUCUAACUCCAGACAGACAAAACUCCACACAGGGUGAAAGUCGACAACAAACUAAAU